GGAGGAGGCGGGCUUUUGGGACCGGCGCCUUCUCCUUGCUUUUUGGGGUCGUGGCCUUGCUCCUGCCCGGCCAGGGAAGCAUCCCGGGCUUUCACGCGCAAGUGUGCGCGUGGGUCCUGACGUGCUUGUAGGUCCACGCUCAGACUCUGCGGGGACAGAAGCAGGAGCCAUGGGCGGGACCGCUAGCACCCGCCGGGUCACCUUCGAGGCGGACGAGAACGAGAACAUCACGGUGGUGAAGGGCAUCCGGCUUUCAGAAAAUGUGAUCGACCGGAUGAAGGAGUCCUCUCCAUCUGGCUCUAAGUCUCAGCGAUAUUCCAGUGUUUAUGGUGCUUCAGCUUCUGAUGAAGAAUUGAAAAGAAGAGUAGCCGAGGAGCUGGCAUUGGAGCAAGCCAAAAAGGAGUCAGAACAGCAGAGACGCCUUAAGCAAGCAAGGGACCUAGAAAGAGAGAGGGCUGUAGCCAAUGAGCAGCUGACCCGAGCCAUCCUUCGGGAAAGGAUAUCCAGUGAGGAGGAGCGCACGAAGGCAAAGCAUCUGGCUCGGCAGCUGGAAGAGAAAGACCGAGUAAUGCGGAGGCAGGAUGCGUUCUACAAAGAGCAGCUGGCCAGACUGGAGGAGAGGAGCUCAGAGUUCUACAAAGUCACCACAGAGGAGUAUCAGAAAGCUGCUGAAGAAGUGGAGUCCAAGUUCAACAAAAAACAAAGACUAGGGGAUAGAGGAGAUCUCCAACAGCGGUAUGAAUAUCAUCCAGUGUGUGCAGAUCUGCAGACCAAAAUCCUCCAGUGUUACCGUCAGAACACCCAGCAGACCCUCAGCUGCUCCGCUCUGGCUAACCAAUACAUGCACUGUGUCAACCAUGCCAAACAGAGCAUGAUGGAGAAGGGAGGCUAAAGCUACCCUGAGAGCGUGCAAGCUCCUUCAACGUUAAUUCCAGAGGUGGAACAUUUUUUUCUUUUCCUAGUAUGAAAAUGACCCAAUUAAAGAGAAGACCACUAAAGACAGACAGGCACUGGAAAUGGACUCAACGGAAUCAUACGUGUUUUUGAUCAACAGUUUUAAAAGCCAUGGUCUAGAUCAGCGAUCAGUCAUCAGAGAACACUUUAAGUGUUAAUGAAACCACAAAAUGAAUAAAAGAGAAAGGCCGUCCACCCCACCUUUUUGUACUGUCUUUCCAACUUCUACUGACAUAAAAUGUUCACUUCACUCCAGGCUCCAUCCAGCAUGUAGUGACUUCCACUCUGAGAAAGCUGGGAGGAGGGACAGUAACCUAUUUCAAAUGGAGAGGCAUCAAGAAGGCACUGGGCUGGGGCAGCAGUGUACACUUGCCUGGGCAGUGGGGCCUGGGCGUGCUCUUCUCAGUAUAGGAGCUAAUUCAUUGUAACUUAUGAUGAUCUUUCAAGAAAGACAGAAAGGAGAGAAAAUGUACCUCUUUUACUGGAAUAAUGUUUAUGAUUGCAGGUAAAAUAAGGCAUUUUUGUCAAUAUAAAGGCAACCUUGGCUUGUUCAACCAAGUAGUGAAUACUGACAACUUCACUCACUAUCAAUAAUAAAUAUAUUUUCUGACUAA